GAGAAAACAGAAACGCAAGAAAGCUGUGUGUUCGUUUGCGUGAUGAGACCACAGAUAGUUCUGUUCGGCGAUUCAAUAACCGCUCAGUCGUUCAGAUCCGGCGGAUGGGGAUCUUCCCUCGCCGACGCCUACUCUCGCAAAGCUGAUGUCGUUGUUCGUGGCUAUGGUGGCUACAACACCCGAUGGGCUCUCUUCUUGCUUCAUCACAUUUUCCCUCUCGGAUCUUUGACUCCACCCAUUGCUACGACUAUAUUCUUUGGUGCAAACGAUGCAGCUCUUAAAGGGAGGACAAGUGAUAGGCAACAUGUGCCUGUGGAAGAGUACAAAGAUAACAUCAGAACAAUGAUUCAGCAUCUUAAGAAAUGUUCACCUACUAUGCUAAUUGUGCUUGUAACUCCACCACCAGUUGAUGAAGCUGGGCGCCAGAGAUAUGCAGAAUCAAUCUAUGGUGAGAAAGCUAUGAAGGAGCCUGAGAGAACAAACGAAACCACAGGAAUCUACGCACAACAUUGUGUUGCAUUAGCCGAGGAACUCGGUCUCCGAUCUAUCAACCUUUGGUCCAAAAUGCAGGAAACAAAUGAUUGGCAGAAAAAAUACCUAAGUGAUGGACUCCAUCUCACACCUGAAGGCAAUGGAGUGGUUUUUGAAGAAGUUUCAAGAGUGUUUAGAGAAGCUUGGCUCUCUCCUGAUGAAAUGCCUUUUGAUUUCCCUCACCAUUCUCAGAUCGAUGGUGAUAACCCAUCCAAAGCUUUCCAGGAGCGUUGCUUAUAAGAUUUGAUCGAUUUACAGCUUUCUUUUUUUGAGUUUUUAUGCCACGGACACAUUGAUUGAUAACUCUCUUAUGUUAACAAACACUCUCUGUUUCAAAAUAUCCCCAUUUUAGAGAAAAACAUGUUUGGAAAAUAUUGUUAAUGCGUUUUUAAAUUUUAAUUGG